CAGGAGCUGUAGACGCAUCUUUAAAAAUGGUGGAUGACCUAGACAAUCUUCUUCCAAUGAAGGAAGGAUCCUGUUUAGACAGUUGCCGUAGUAGCAUUAUAGGUUGAAUAUCGUCCAAAUUUCAAGUGGAUUUACUUUCUGCAACAAAAAAAUUAAAAACUGAUCAAUCAAUCUGAAUGUCCUCUUAAUUUUGAAUAAAAUAUCUAUGUUUGAAUUCCAAUUGAAAAAAAGUCAAGGAUUUUUAAGAAAAGGAUAAACAUAAAUAAAUUUUAAAAAAUGAUAGAUCCUAGGGAACGUCACUCAGUCGGCAAACUCGAUCGCUACGAACUCGAGGACAAAUAUUUACGAUUGAUGGAUGAGAUGCAAAACUUGAAAAAAUUAUCCAAUAGACAGGAAGAUAAAAUUAAGAAGCUAUCUACAAAAAUUAUGAGGAUCUCUUCGAACCCGAGAGCUUGUGUCAACUUUCAAGAUAUUUGUAAUAACAAAGAAAUAAUUUCCACUCUUGAAUCUGAAAACAACAAGCUCAAGAAUAAAGUAAACCUUUUAAGAAAUCAGUUGCUAUGUCGUGUAACCUAUGCAAGAUCACCCACAAGAUGUCAAAAACCUACCGGAACGCCUUCAGGUGCUAUGACUUGUCGGAGCGAACGAAUAAGGUCAAAAAAUCCUUCCUGUACCUGUUUAAUUCAAAAUGGAAAUGACAACAGCGAAAUUCAAAAGCAUCUACUUGAAAUUCAGAAACUUGAGACAGAGAAAAGGGAAAUGGUUUCCAAAAUAUCAGAGUUGGAAAUUGAACUUACGAGUUGCAAGACAGUAAAUCAAAGAGAAAAAACUGUUGAUAAUGAUGAACAUAUUCGAACCAAAAAGGAAAUUGAGGAAUAUAGUGAAAAACUUAAAGUUAUUCAAAACGAGAAAGAUUGUUUGAUCGAAGAAGUGAAUCAUUUAAAAGAAGUCCUUCAAGAAACGUCAAAGAACAACAAAGAAAUCGUAGCAUCCUUGAAUGUUGAAAAGAAAAAAAUAGUUGAAAUGAACGAACAGAUAGUAAAGGCCAAAGAUUCUCAACUGACUUUGCGAGAAAAGGACGAGCAAAUUCGAGCUUUGCUGAACGAGAUCAAAAUUCUUCAGCAGCACAACAGUGAACUAAUAGAGCUCACUUCUAAAUACUCUCAAGUUGAAAUUGAGAACCAAGAACUGAAAAAGAGGAUAGCAGACCAGCUGAGUGAUCAUCAAAUUUUAAAAACUGCUUUUAGCAACGAGCAAACCAACAAUUCAGCCCUUCAAUCUGCAAAUACGCAAUUACUAGCAAAAUUACACGAACUUCAAAUGAAAAUGGACACAUUAACAAUUAAGUUAAUGGCAUUUCAAGGAAAACCUGAGAAGAAAGAAACGCCAAGGGAAUUCUCAAAAAGAGAGAAAAAACCAAAGCGCCUAGAAAGAAGAAUCAGCACAUCAUCCACUAGUUCUCCACGCUCGGAAAAUUCCUGUGCAGAGAUAGCCAGUGCGUGCAAAAAAUUAUGCGAGAUGGUAAUUCAGGGACCUGGAAACAAUCAUGGGAUAACGAAGGAGUCGCAGACUGAAAGCAGUUAUUUACAGGAGUCUUCGAAGCUUUCGGAGAAAAAAGAAGUGCUCGUUGAGCAGCAGGAUUCUCCUAAAAAUAAAAUUCCUGGGAGGAGGAAAUCGCAGGAUAUGAAUGAAAAUGCAAAGAUGAUUCAACAUGAAAGUUCACUAUCGAGAGAGAGAAUGCUAAAAUUACUGGAACAGGCUCAAAUUAACACUCCUUUUGAAACGCAGUGUGCUAGGGUGAAGCAAAUUGAACCUAUUUCGGAAUUUGUUCAGAAACAGAGGCAAGUCAUGAGUCUUGAAACCUUACUCUUCGGGAACUCGAACUUCUUCUGACGAUGGCUGUCGGAAAAAUGUAGUGAUCUUUUGCUCUCAAGUAUUUAUUAUCGUUUGUAAGGACUUUCAGAAACUUUCCUCGAUGGAUUUUAGGUGUUAAAAUAAUUCGUGAAUGGAUUAGUUGAUGAAUGUUAACUUAUGUAUAUAAUAAGAAAGGGACAAGUGGCUUUCAAGAUGAGGAGAAUAUUUUUUUAAGACUAAUUUUCAAAACUAUUUUUUUUAAUUCACUUGUGGAUCGACGGAUAAUACGGACUAAGGAUAAUAAGGAAUAAUUUCCUCAAAGGGAAAAUAUUUAAAAAAUUGAACUUUCUUUUUCAGAGGGUUUACAAUUUUUGGUAGUAUUUUAACGGGAUUAGUCUUAAGCUUUGAUCUCAGUGCUUCCAGGAGUGAAGUUUAUUUUUAACCGCUGGUUAGUACAAUGAAAGGUAUAAGGAUAUUUAAGUAAAAGUCUCUACGUUUAAAAUAGAUUAAAAAUAAGUUAUUGAAAGUAAAAUUUAAUGCCUCACAUUUUUUUAUGAUUAAUUUCAAGAUUUACAAAGUAUACAACUUCAGAGCAGAGAAUCAU